AUGUCGCAGCAGCAGUCAGGCCUGGAAGCAAUGCAGGAAGAACUCCUGGCCGGAAUGGCUCGUCGGCCUGAUGAGGCCCGCAUGUCCGUGGUGGAGCAUGGCAUAGCGUCGCUCCAUGCCAAGCAGAACGAGCUGUCAGCAACUCUGCAGGGCAUGAUGAGUCUCAACGCGGCUGGCGAGCAUGUGGGAUCCAUGGACAAAGUGGCGGUUGCUGCCAUGUUGCAGCCGCUGCAGCAGAGGAUAGGCCAGCAGGAGACGGACCUGAAGGAGAUGCGAUCAAAGGUUGAGCAGCUGCGGGUCUCGGACACCGAGGUACUGAAGGGUGAGAUGGCGACAGUUGCAGAUGCCAUGACAACGCUCUGUGUGAAGAUCGAAGAAAUGGACACUUUGAAGGCCGUGAACGAUCGGCUCAGCAGUGAGCUAGGCACUGUGGCCAAAGCUUUAGCCAACCUUGCCGACCGAGUCGACCGACUGGAGGGGAAGACGCCAACGAACAGCAUUGCCUCUGCAGGCGCUGAGGUGGCGUCCGCGCCGACUCCGCGGGACCCCCGGCGCAGCGAGCGCAAGGCACCAAGCCCCAGGAGGUGGCUACAGGAGCCACUUUCAGUGUCUGUGGGCCGUUGCUCUGACGUUCCAGGCAUUUUGCAAAGCUCCGAGCACCUGCUGUCGAGACCCACAACGCAAGGUCUUCUUUGA